AUGGCUCACGUUGUCGCCUUCGGUGGCGUCGCCGCCGCCGCGCCCGCGCUCGUCUCCGCGCGCAAGUCCUGGCCCGCCAGGUCCCCGAUGGUGGCCCUCCCCGCGCGACGCGUCGGCGUGGUUGUGGCGGCCAAGAAGAGCGCUCCGUCCGCGCCCCCGGCCCCGGCUCCCGUCGAGGCCCCGGCGCCCGCCCAGGCCGUCGAGGCCACCGGCGUGCCCCCGCUCCCCCAGGGCUUCGUGCCGCCUCCCCCUCCCCCGGGCUUCAACCCCCCUCAAGCCCCGCUCCCCGUGCCCCAGGCCGCGCCCGGUUCCACCCAGGCGUACCAGCAGGCCUACCCGCCCCAGGGCUACUACUACCCCCCUCCCCAGAAGAAGGGCGGCGACACCCCGGGGUGGAUGCUUGUCGGCCUCGGCGUCGCGCUCGCGGUUGGCUUCGGCAAGGUGAUGGAGUUCGUCGGCGGCAAGAAGGGCGACAUGCAGUCCAUGAUGCUCCAGCAGAUGAUGAAGCAGAUGGGUAACCAGGCGGGCGGCGCGCCCGGUAUGGGCGGCAUGCCCGGUAUGGGCGGCAUGCCCGGCACGGGCGGCACGGCGGGUGGCGCGGCGGGCGCCGGCGGCUUUCCCCCCUUCCCCCCUCCCAACUUCACCCCGCCCAAGCCCGCGGCCGCCGCGAGCCCCGGCGUCGUCGACGUGAAGCCCACGGAGAAGAAGGAGGCGCCCAAGCCCGCCGACCCGGCUGCCGCGACGGCUACAGCGACAGCGACUGAGGCGAAGAAGGAGGAGAAGAAGGAGGAGAAGAAGGAGGAGUCGGGCAGCGUCGGCUCCGGCAGCUUCUUCGCCGACGCGACGGACGAGGCGGGCCCUUCCACCAAGGCUAACCCCUUCGCCGCCGCCGAGACCGAGACCGAGACCGUGACCGGCGAGCCCGUCGGCGAAGGGGACGACGAGGAGGAUCUCGAGUACAUGCAGAACAUGCUCCGCAACCCCCAGAUGCAGGAGAUGAUGUACCCGUACCUGCCGGAGAUGAUGCGCAACCCCGAGACUUUCGAGAUGCUCCUGAGCAACCCCAUGUACAAGGACCAGCUCAAGGGUAUCAUGAAGCAGAUGAAGGCUGGCGGCGGCGGCUUCUCCCCCGGCGAGGGCAUGCCGGACAUGAACUCUCCCGAGGUGCAGGAGCAGUUUGCCGCCAUGGGCAUGACCCCGCAGGACGCCAUCCAGAAGCUCAUGGGCGAUCCCGAGCUCGCGAUGGCGUUCCAGAACCCCAAGAUCCAGCAGGCGGUGAUGGACUGCUCUUCCAACCCCAACAACAUCGUCAAGUACCAGAGCGACCCGGAGAUCAUGAACGUCUUCAUGAAGCUCGCGACAAUGUUCCCGGGUGCCGGCGGUGGUAUGCCCCCGUCCAUGUAA